CUCACACACAAGGAAGUACCAGAGCUCACCCGUACUGGAACUGCACGUAAGGUACGCUCAAUAUUUAAGAGAUUGUCGUGUCGUUUCUCUCGAUAUUACUGUUGCAAAUAGCUUCUUAAACCCAAGGAAUCAUUCAAUUAUUGUGCUUUUCAGCCAAUACGCAUCAUGAUUACUCAUUUGGACACCACAUUAAGUGCCUGAACAUUUAAUUCAAAAUCGACCUCAAAAGUAUCAUACGUUUGGGUAUGCUACAGUCAGAUGGAUUCGCCGGAGCAAAAGAUAACGAAAACUGUGUCCAGAGUGACCGCGAGUAAAGAAAGCAUGGCGAACAGCCGUCAGGUCAUCGGAAUAAACUUCUGUGGGCCCACGCCUCUGAUGUGGCGUGCGGACGAUUUGAAAUCGGUCCGUGAACUGGGAAUCAUAGGGAACCUGGUGGGGUCUCUGGCCCGACAACCUAGGCAGAACACCCGGCUGGGGAGACCCCUCGAGCUGCUGCCGGAGGAGGGGCGACUGCUGGCGGACAUGGGGAGAGCUGCAGUUAUUCCUGACUCGACAAAUGAGGAUCCCGAGGUGGAGCACUAUCAUGCAGGACUGGAGAACAGCUUUCAGGAACAGGGUGCCUUGGCCUUGGAGGACAGGAAGGCAACAUUAAUGAGAGUUAUGACUGAGAAACAUAACGAGAAUCCUGGAUGCCAGGAGGAUUCGGACGGUGCGGUGAGAGACCGUCUCGAAGCUCUGGCCCGCGGCUUCUCAUUCCCUCGCACGGCCAUGGCGGUACAACUGUGCACAGCCCGAGCUGGACUCUCUCACUGUCCCGAGGUGCGCCGUUUCCUGGCCGCAGACUGGCCCAUACCACGGGAUGAGAGGUCCGAGACCCGGUUCCGAGUGUUCAGGGACCUGAGACGCCAGGGCUUUUACCUCACCUCGGCCGGGAAGUUUGGGGGAGACUUCCUGGUGUACCCAGGUGACCCCCUCCGUUUCCACGCCUAUUUCAUUGUCGUGUGCAUCUCCAUGGACGAAUCGAUGCCCCUGUGUGACGUUCUGGCCAUUGCCAGGCUAGGGUCCAAUGUGAAGAAGACUGUCCUCCUGUGUUCGUCAGGGGGAAGUCAGGAAGAUGACGGGGAGGAGGUGGUGUACACAUCACUACAGUGGAGUGGAAUGGUGUAGGAUCACAGUUGGAGACUAUGUGGAAGCACGAUGGUAACAUUUCUCAUCUAGCCAGAGGCUACACAUCACUACAGUGUAGUGGAAUGUUGUAGGCAGCACCACAGUGGGACACUAUAUAUGGCGAUAUCUUUCACUUAGCCGGAAGUUGUCAUAAUGCUUAUAUCUUUCAAAUUCAUUCAACACAACAGGAGUGCCAAGGGUGUAGAGUUUAGGGUUCAUUUGUAAUUUCAGCCACUGAACAGGAGGUGGAACGGUUACAGACAGCAGGGGUGUAUUCGCUAGGAAGCAAACGGGGUGGAAUUUAUCUGAAUUUGUCCAAUAAGAAACUUGUUUUCGUUGCAAAACAUUUAGCUAGUGUCUACUAAUGAAUACACCCCUGGUGCGUUGCUCUCCAGUCCAAUGGGGAGGCUACUAUUAUUGUACCACAAUUAGCAGCAGUACAGUAGGAGUUUGUGAAUAAGAGUGUAUGAUUUUGGUAAGGUAGCUUGGUUUUUAUCAAAGAUGAAAUGUCGCUAAUACAGGCAACGUUCAUGGCUUGGCUUGAGUGGGGUGGGCGUUUCCUUGGAAAAAUAUUUACUUUGAAGUGUGUGUAUAUUGUGACAAUUGUUGAAAAUAUAAUUGAAGACACUUCACUUUUGUGUGAACGUUGUUUGAGUGCCGAUAUGUGUUCAGAAAGACCUGACAUCAGAGAGUUACCGCCACAGAAGAAAAGGAAAGCACUUUGCAUUAGGAAAUGCAAUUGAAAACAUUUUGCGGUGGAAAAAACAAAAAUGAGUGUUUUUUUUCAUGAACACUCCAGGUAGUCCCUCCCAGUUUCAGUUCGGUUUACUUAUUGGUGCUUAAUGACCAUGACCUUGGACUGCCCCACAUAAAACUGUCGGCUUCUUGGAGAAUGGUGAAUGGUGUGACAAAGCAUGUAUAUUUACUGUACAUAGCACCAAAUAGAUAUGACCAAACAUCCACAUUAGAACAAUAGGACGUAAUGUGAUCAGAGAAUGGGGACCGGUUGUCCCAAUUCAACCAGAAAUGAUCUCUAUGUUUUGCUGCUGGCUUGUAUUAAAAAUUGAUUAAAUAGAUUUUGCUCACCCAAACAAUACCCCAUAAUGUCAAAGUGAAAAUAUAUUUUGGACAUUUAUUGAAAAUGAAAUAUAGAAAUAUCUCAUUUACACAAGUAUUCACACCUUAGUCAAUACAUGUUAGAAUAACCUUUGGCAGCGAUUACAGCUGUGAGUAUUUCUGGGUAAGUCUUUGCACAGCUGGAUUGUACAAAAUUCUUUGAGCUCUGUGAAGUUGGUUGUUGAUCAUUGCUAGACAGCCACUUUCAAGUCUUGCCAUAAAUGUUCAAGCUGAUUUAUGUCAAAACUGUAACUAUAGGCCACUCAGGAACAUUCCUUGUCGCCUUGGUAAACAACUCCAGUGUUUUUGGCCUUGUUUUAGGUUAUUGUCCUGCUGAAAGGUGAAUUUGUCUCCUAGUGUCUGAUGGAAGGUAGUCUGAAUAAGAUUUUCCUCUAGGAUUUAGCCUGUGCUUAGCUCUAUUCCAUUUUAUUCUAUCUUAAAAAAAACUCCCUAGUCCUUGUCGAUGACAAGCAUACCCAUAAUAUGAUGCAGCCACCACCAUGCUUGAAAAUAUGUGGUACUCAAUGAUAUGUUGGAUUUGCCCCAAACAACAUAAUUUACAUAACUUGUUAGUAUUAUGGAGUAACUACAACGUUGUUUAUCCAUCCUCAGUUUUCUGCUAUCAGGCAUUAAACUCUUAACGCCAACCUUUUCUGAAGAAAAGUAAUUUCAACGAUUUUACUGAGUUAAAAUUCAUACAAGGACAUCAGUCAUUUGAAAUCAAUUCAUUAGGCCAUAUUCUAUGAAUUUCACAUGACUGGGCAGGGGCACAGCCACUGGUGGGUCUGGGAGGGCAUAGGUCCACCCACUUAGGAGAUAGGCCCAGGAAAUCAGAAUAAGUUUUCCCCCACAAAAGGGCUUUAUUACAGACACAAAUACUCCUCAGUUUCAUCAGCUGUCUGGGUGGCUGGUCUCAGACGAUCCCGCAGGUGAAGAAUCCAGAUGUGGAGGUCCUGUGUUGGCGUGGUUACACAUGGUCUGGGGUUUUGAGGCCGGGUUGGAUGUAAUUCAAAAUUCUUCAAAACAGCGUUGGAGGUGGCUUAUGGUAGAGAAAUGAACAUUAAACUAUCUGGCAACAGCUCUGGUGGACAUCCCUGCAGUCAGAAUGCCAAAUGCACGCUUCGGAAAAACUGGAGAAAUGCUCGCUAAGAGGGAUGUAAAACACAUUUCUUGCCAAAAUUUGAGAGAACCUUUUGUGCGUAUGGAACAUUUCUGGGAUCUUUUAUUUCAGCUCUUUACAUGUUGUGUUUAUAUUUUUGUUCAAUCGAUACACUUGCCUACUCAUUCACUGCAGCUGCAGCAUGGGAGGAAGUAGUGAGAAGCGUGUUUUGUAAAAUAAUAAAAACUUUUGACAGUGCUUAAUAAAAACUUAAACUCAGUCAUAAAAA